UUCGACGUGCGCAUGGAAGGAAGCGCUGUGGACUGCAUUACAAUGAUCUGACUAACAGAAUGAUAUCGGACAACCACAAUCUAACGUUGCAUUUGUGAAGAUAUCAAAGCAUUCGAAUAAAAUGUUUUAGCGUCAACUAAUAGACCAAAGAGCGGUUAUGAUGUGUAACAGUAGUCACGGCACCCAGCUUUACCUGGAGGUGCCGUCGUCAUGUCUGCCUAUCGUCUACUCUCCAGUAUACAACAUCACCUUCAUGGGCCUUGAGAAACUACACCCCUUCGACAGUGGGAAGUGGGGGAAAGUCAUCCACUUCCUAAAAGAGGAGAAGAUGAUCAGUGAUGGGAGCAUCGUUGAGGCACGGGAGGCUACAGAGGAAGACCUGCUGGUGGUUCACACAAAACGCUACCUGAACAGACUCAAGUGGUCCCUGGUUGUAGCGACCAUCACAGAGAUCCCUCCCCUCCUAUGCCUACCUAAUUUCCUGGUUCAGAGACGGGUCCUGAGACCACUCAGAACGCAGACCGGAGGCACCAUCAUGGCAGGGAAACUGGCUGUAGACCGAGGCUGGGCCAUCAAUGUAGGUGGAGGUUUCCAUCAUUGCUCCAGUGACAAAGGAGGAGGAUUCUGUGCCUAUGCCGACAUCACCUUAGCUAUCAAGUUUCUGUUUGAGAGGGUGGAGGGAAUCUCCAGAGCCACCAUCAUAGAUCUGGAUGCACACCAGGGGAACGGUCAUGAGCGUGACUUCCUGGAUGACAGACGUGUUUUCAUCAUGGACGUCUACAACCGAUACAUCUAUCCUGGAGACGGAUACGCAAAGAGAGCCAUAAAGCGUAAGGUGGAGCUGGACUGGGGGACAGAGGAUGAUGAGUACCUCCAGAAGGUAGAGCUCCACUCAGAGGGUGCUCUCAAUGAGGUCCGGCCUGACAUCAUAGUAUACAACGCCGGUACAGACAUCCUAGACGGAGACCCCCUGGGAGGGCUGGCUAUCUCACCACAGGGCAUCAUAAAGAGGGAUGAAAUAGUGUUCCGGGCAGCACGAAGGAGAGGGAUUCCCAUCUUGAUGGUGACAUCUGGUGGAUACCAGAAGAAGACUGCUCGCAUCAUCGCUGACUCCAUCAUCAACCUGCGACGCCAGGGCCUGAUUGGAGGGAAUGAGGAUGGGGAGGUGGCAGAGGAGGCAGAGGAGUGUGUGGGCGGUGUCCCCCUCGUGAUGAGCAGCUCUGACUCCUCCCCUUCCUCUGUGUCGACAGGACCAGCCCCCAACACCAUCUGACUGGAACCGAACAUGAGUUGGAUCUUAGGGUCCAGAGCUUCUCCUGGAACCGUAGGACAAUAGAGGAAAAAUAUUAUGCUCGGGGAUAGAGUGCCUUUCCAGACGUCCCCACGAUCUUACUGAUGCCCAAGGUGACUGUGGCAGGGGUCGGUAAUGGUACAAGGUUGGUCGGGUAGCCUAGUGGUUAAGAGUGUUUGGCCAGAAAUUUGAAUCCCUGAGCCAGCUAGGUGAAAAAUCUACCGAUGUGCCCUUGAGCAAAGCACUUAACACUAGUUGCUCCUGUAAGUCUAUGGAUAACAGUGUCUGCUAAAUUACUAAAAUGUACAUGUCUGAGACAUUCUUUAGUGGUACAGGGUUGGACUGAGACAUUCUGUAGUGGUUCGGGGUUGGUCUGAGACAUUCUGUAGUGGUACGGGGUUGGUCUGAGACAUUCUGUAGUGGUUCGGGGUUGGUCUGAGACAUUCUGUAGUGGUUCGGGGUUGGUCUGAGACAUUCUGUAGUGGUACGGGGUUGGUCUGAGACAUUCUGUAGUGGUUCGGGGUUGGUCUGAGACAUUCUUUAGUGGUACGGGGUUGGACUGAGACAUUCUGUAGUGGUUCGGGGUUGGUCUGAGACAUUCUGUAGUGCUAUGGGGUUGGUCUGAGACAUUCUUUAGUGGUACGGGGUUGGUCUGAGACAUUCUGUAGUGGUUCGGGGUUGGUCUGAGACAUUCUGUAGUGGUACGGGGUUGGUCUGAGACAUUCUGUAGUGGUACGGAGUUGGUCUGAGACAUUCUGUAGUGGUUCGGGGUUGGUCUGAGACAUUCUGUAGUGGUACGGGGUUGGUCUGAGACAUUCUGUAGUGGUACGGGGUUGGUCUGAGACAUUCUGUAGUUGUACGGGGUUGGUCUGAGACAUUCUGUAGUGGUACGGGGUUGGUCUGAGACAUUCUGUAGUUGUACGGGGUUGGUCUGAGACAUUCUGUAGUUGUACGGGGUUGGUCUGAGACAUUCUGUAGUGGUACGGGGUUGGUCUGAGACAUUCUUUAGUGGUACGGGGUUGGUCUGAGACAUUCUGUAGUUGUACGGGGUUGGUCUGAGACAUUCUGUAGUGGUACGGGGUUGGUCUGAGACAUUCUUUAGUGGUACGGGGUUGGUCUGAGACAUUCUGUAGUGGUACGGGGUUGGUCUGAGACAUUCUGUAGUGAUACUUUAAGAUUGACUUAAGUUUUCUGGUUCAUGUAUUAGUUUCUGGUUCAAACCAAUCUAGGGAGAAAGAGGGCCUUUUAAACCCUAAUAUUGAUGAUGGUUAGGAACUGUGUUAGGUCUGACUGGCCCAGAGUUUCACCUGGGCUCCUGGGCUAUGACCCAAAUGGCACCCAAUUCCUUAUAUGGUGCACUACGUUGAGCCAAGGAGCCUGUAUGGUUUGAUACUGCCACUGACUUUAAUUCGCUAGUUCAUAUUGACUUGAAGGACCAAUCUAUGAAAAAAGGGCCUUUACCUGGUCUAAUCACAUGGGUUGGUCAGGGAAAACUCAUGGGCCGUGUCCUAACACCCUAUUAUUUAGGGCACUACUUUGUCCAAAGGGGCUGUAAGGUAACUUAGUAGGACUUUACAGUAGGACAUAGUAGGACUUUACAGAAGGACUUUACAGUAGGAUUUUACAGACAUUUGCUUCAUUGGAUGUUGAUAAUAUUGGAAGAGUUUUACAUGUUGUAUGAGUGUUUGGCAGAGGGUUUAAAGGGCAUUAUAACAAUGUGAUUUAAAAAAAAUGUUAAGUAAUUAAUGAGAGUAAUGUGAUUGGUAUUGGUUAAUUAAUUAAUGAGAGAAUAAUACAAUAUGAUUGGUAUUGGUUAAUUAAUUAAUGAGAGUAAUAUGAUUGGUAUUGGUUAAUUAAUUAAUGAGAGAAUAAUACAAUAUGAUUGGUAUUGUUAAUUAAUUAAUGCGAAUAAUACAAUCUGAUUGGUAUUGGUUAAUUAAUUAAUGAGAGUAAUACAAUAUGAUUGGUAUUGGUUAAUUAAUUAAUGAGAGUAAUACAAUAUGAUUGGUAUUGGUGAAUUAAUUAAUGAGAGAAUAAUAUGAUAUGAUUGGAAUCGGUUAAUGAAAAAAUGAAAAUGAAUAGCAACAUUCCAAAACGUAGUUCUUCUUCAGAUUGGGAAAUCUGGCCUUCAUCCCAAAUGGCAUCCUAUUUCAAAUCAAAUCAAAUUUCCUGUAUAGUCCACUACUUUUGACCAGAGCUCCAACGUGCCCUGGUUAAAAGUAGUGCACUAAAUAAGGAAUUGGGCGCCAUUUGGAACAUAUCUCUGAUGUGAUCUGCUACGCUCCGCACCACAUCUAAAAGACAUUUAGAAUCCUCCUGAUCCCAAGACUUUUGUUUGUUUUAAGGUUCCUGCACUUGUUAGAAAGCAGUGAUACUUCAGUCUAUUGUCUGUCCAUGUUAAAGUACCUCUAUGUACGGGGUAUGCACGGUAUACACUACGUUGUCCAAACAAAUGCUUACUUGCAGGUUCCUUCACGACGAUGCAACAACAACAAAUACUAAAAGAUAAUAAUAUGUACAUAAAGUAAAUGGCUCAGUAAAAUUGAAUAAAUAUUUUUGCAUAAGUGUAUAUAUACUGUAUAUAAAAAAUCUAUAAUUGUAUAAUAAACUAAGAGAAUUAUAAUUAUGGGAGAAGCUUUAGGGCAUGUGGUAUCAAGGAUGAUUCUGAUGGUUAAACGUUGUAAUAUAUGAACAUAAUAAUGCCAUGUAGCAGACACCACUCAUGGCCUUAUUGUAUUCAGCCAUUCAUGACCUUAUUGUAUUCAGCCAUUCAUGACCUUAUUGUAUUCAGCCAUUCAGCCAUUCAUGACCUUAUUGUAUUCAGCCAUUCAUGACCUUAUUGUAUUCAGCCAUUCAGCCAUUCAUGACCUUAUUGUAUUCAGCCAUUCAGCCAUUCAUAACCUUAUUGUAUUCAGCCAUUCAAACCCUUAUUAUAUUCAACCUGUUUCUCACACCUUUUCUCCAAUCAGAAAUCAUUUUUGAAUUCUAACAAACUUACUUUCAAGAUAACUCCUUUUUUUGUUUCAUAUACAUUCUGUUGUAUUCUCCAUAUAUACUAAUGUUCAAAAGUUUUGUUUCACUUAGAAAUGUCCUUGUUUUUGAAAGAAAAGCAAAUGUUUUGUUAAUUGAAAUAACAUCAAAUUGAUUAGAAAUACAGUGUAGAUAUUGUUCAUAUUGUAAAUGACUAUUGUAGCUGGAAACGGCUUAUUUUUUAAAUGGAGUAUCUACAGAGGCCCAUUAUCAGAAACCAUCACUCCUGUGUUCCAAUGGCACGUUGUGUUAGCUAAUCCAAGUUUAUCAUUUUAAAAUGAUCAUUGAUCAUUAGAAAACCCUUUUGCAAUUAUGUUAGCACAGCUGAAAACUGUUGGUCUGAUUAGAGGCAAUGAGACUAGUUUAGUAUCUGAAGCAUCAACAUUUGUGGGUUUGAUUACAGGCUCAAAAUGGCCAGAAACAAAUAACUUUCUUCUGAAACGCAUCAGUCUAUUCUUGUUCUGAGAAAUGAAGACUAUUCCAUGCGAGAAAUUGCCAAGAAACUGAAGAUCUCGUACAAAGCUGUGUCCUAUUCCCUUCACAGAACAGCGCAAACUGGCCCUAACCAGAAUAGAAAGAGGAAUGGGAGGCCCCGGUGCACAGCUGAGCAAGAGGACAAGUACAUUAGCGUCUAGUUUGAGAAACAGAUGCCUCACAAGUCCUCAACUGGCAGCUCCAUUAAAUAGUACCUGCAAAACACCAGUCUCAAUGUCAACAGUGAAGAGCCGACUCCAGGAUGCUGGCCUUCGAGGUAGAGUUGCAAAGAAAAACACAUAUCUCAGACUGGCCUAUAGAAAAGUUUAAGAUGGGCAAAAGAACAGACGAAGGUUGGAAAAAAGUGUUGGAAGAAAGGUUUGAAAAAAGGGAAAAAACUGCCAAUUUUCUCCUACAACAGGACAAUGACCCAAAGCACAGCUCCAAACUACAAACUACAGGGCCUUGCAAAUGUAUUCAUCCACCUUGGCGCUUUUCCUAUUUUGUAUCAUUACAACCUGUAAUUUAAAUGGAUUUUGGUCAUUUAUUUGGAUUUCAUGUAAUGUACAUACACAAAAUAGUCCAAGUUGGUGAAGUGAAAUUUAAAAAAUAAAAAAUGGAAAAGUGGUGUGUGCAUAUGUAUUCACCCCCUUUGCUAUGAAGCCCCUAAAUAAGAUCUGGUGCAACCAAUUACCUUCAGAAGUCACAAAAUUAGUUAGAUUGCACACAAGUGGGAUUUUAUUUAAGUCUCACAUGAUCUGUUAUAUGAUCUCAGUAUAUAUAAACCUGUUCUGAAAGGCCCCAGAGUCUACAACACCACUAAGCAAGGGGCACCACCAAGCAAGCAGCACCAUGAAGACCAAGGAGCUCUCCAAUCAGGUCAAGGACAAAGUUGUGGAGAAGUACAGGUCAGGGUUGGGUUCUAAAAAAGAUAUCUGGAACUUUGAACAUCCCAAAAGGGGACCAUUAAAUCCAUUAUUAAAAAAUGGAAAGAAUAUGGCACCACAACAAACCCGCCAAGAGACGGCUGCCCACUAAAACUCACAGACCAGGCAAGGAGGGCAUUUGUCGAGGCAGCAGGGUAGCCUAGUGGUUAGAGCGUUGGACUAGUAAAUGGAAGGUUGCAUGUUCAAACCCUCGACCUGACAAGGUACAAAUCUGUCAAAAUAAGCUCAUUUCUAAGUGGCCCCAAACUUUUGAACGGUAGUGUAUUUUUUUUCUUGUUCAUUUUGCUAUUUGCCUCAUGACUCCUGCAUACUUCGUUGACAACAAACUGUAUUUACCCAACCGUGGAACAGACUGUGAUUUUUCCCACACUCGGGACUCUCUAUUGGUUACAGACUUUUGACCCCCCCCAUCCCAUUCUGACCACAUUCGGCUUUGUAUUCAUGUUUCCUGAUGACAUUUCUGUACAAUAUGAUCUUAUUGCCAUCUGCUGCACAUUCAGAUGUCAUAAAUCCACACUACGGAGCUCUACCUGUCCUCUGCCGUGCCUUGAUUGUAUUACUGUUGAUGAUAUCUGGAAAUGUGCAUGUACACCCUGGCCCAUCUACGGUUGCGAGCCCCAGUUCUGACUUGUGCUCUGAUAUUUGCUUCACUGAUUUCUGCUCGUGUAAAAGCCUGGGUUUUCUGCACAUUAACACUAGAAGCGUAUUACCUAAAAUGGAUAAAUUGAAAGUGUGGAUUCACAGCUCCAAUCCAGAUGUGUUGGUCAUUACUGAGACGUGGUUAAGAAAGAGUGUUUUGAAUACUGACCUUUCUGGUUAUAUCCUUUUUCGGCAAGACAGAUCUUCCAAAGGUGGGGGAGUGGCUAUCUUUACCAAGGAUCACCUUCAGUGCUCGGUUGACUCCACCAAGUCUGUCCCCAAACAAUUUGAUUUGCUGGUUUUAAGUAUUAAACUUUAAAAUAGUUAUCUGUUAACUGUUGCUGGGUGUUAUCAUCCUCCAUCAGCACCGGCCUGUACCCUACCUGCCCUAUGCUCUCCCCUGGCCCCUCCCUGCCCUAAGCUCUCUCCUGUACCCUCCCUGCCCUAAGCUCUCUCCUGUACCCUCCCUGCCCUAAGCUCUCUCCUGUACCCUCCCUGCCCUAAGCUCUCUCCUGGCCCCUCCCUGCCCUAAGCUCUCUCCUGUACCCUCCCUGCCCUAAGCUCUCUCCUGUACCCUACCUGCCCUAAGCUCUCUCCUGUACCCUUACCCUAAGUUUGUUCUGCUCGGUGACCUAAACUGGCACAUGUUUAAACCACCUGACCAAGUCCUAUAGCGAUGGGACUCCCUAAAUCUUUUCAGAUUAUUACCAAUCCCACAAAGCAUGACUCCAAACACCCAGAAAAGACUACUCUCCUCAAUGUUAUCCUCACAAAUAAUCCUGAUAGGUAUCAGUCUGGUGUUUUCUGUAAUGACCUGUUUGAUGAUGUAAUGAUCACUGUUUUACAGCCUGUGUUCGUAAUCGCUGCUCAGUGAAAUGACCUGUCCUGAUUUGUCAUAGACGCUUGAUAAAAAACUUUAAUGAGC